GGUUACCCAGAAUGCACCUCGGCGGAGAAGUUAACAUGGCGGCCGGGGCCUUGAAUGAGCAAAACAAAAACACAGGCGGGGAAACGGGCCGCGUGUAAAUCCGCGUUUCACCGCAGACUCGUACCGAGAGACCGCGAAACAGCUCUGAGAACCGGCUCGCCAUGCGCGCGCGGGGCGUGUGCUGACCGGCUCGCUCCGGAUUGCUGCAGUUUGGUUUGAACCCAAUUGUCCUGCGGAGCCUCGAGUCCAUUUUAUUUUAGUUUUCUUUUAAAUAUUUUUAGUCACACACUCGUGCGCUCACACACACACACCGCAGCAUGAGCACUAUGGACGAAACCAGAAGCCCGCUGAAGUCAGGGAAGCCAUCUCGCUCGGGUGGGAACAAGGCCUCGUCUAGAGCUCCAAAGGAGCGCGAGAACGCCAAGACACCGAAUCGCAGUAAAAACACAGCACCACCCCGAGCAAAGGAGGAGGGACAGGGUGGGCACACCGGGGGCAAAGGGGCAGCAGGAAGCUCUCAUGAGGUGGGGAGAGGCAAAGCACGCAGACUGACUGGUAGAACGGGGUCGGGGGAGAGGGGCAAGACGAGGUCUCAGAUUCAGCAGGGGGGCAGGAGUGCAAACCUCACGCCACUCAACACCAAGGAGGAGAACAUGCCCCCCAGUAACUGCCCCAGACCUGCACUGAAAGACAGACACAUGGGCGAGUUGUUAGCGAGACGGCCAGCAGAGUGCGCCCCUGACCCCGAGGACGAGACAAACCUGAUGUCUGAUCAGCAGCUGGGACUGAAACAGGCUGAGGAGAGACUGCAGAGAGACUACAUCUACAGACUGACCAAGCAGUCCCCCGAUUACCCGAACUUCCAGUAUCUAUGCAAACUGUGCUCGAUUCACGUGGACAACAUACAGGGUGCUCACAAACACAUCAAAGAGAAACGGCACAAGAAGAACAUCAUGGAGAAGCAGGAAGAGAACGAGCUGCGUUCGUUACCUGCUCCGUCUGCGGCUCAGCUGCGAGCUCUGAACACGGCCGUGCUGGAGGCGGCUCAGGAACACGGCAUCUCAGAGCAGGAGUUCCAGCAGAGGCAAGUUGUGCUGCGGAGCAUGGAGCUGAUCAUCCAGAAACACCUACCUGCAUGCUCUCUGCGUCUCUACGGUUCCUGUCUCACGCGAUUCGCCUUCAAGUCCAGUGACGUGAACAUCGACGUGCUCUACCCCGCUGGGAUGACGCAGCCUGACGUUCUCAUCCAAGUGCUGGACAUCCUGAAGAAGAGCGAGGAAUUCUCAGAUGUGGAGUCGGACUUCCACGCCAAAGUUCCCGUCAUCUUCUGCAAUGACGUGUCCAGUGGAUUGUUGUGUAAAGUGAGCGCAGGAAAUGAUGUUGCAUGUCUCACCACCAAUCACCUGGCUGCAUUGGCCAAGCUGGAGCCUCGUUUGGUCCCUCUGGUGCUAGCAUUCCGCUACUGGGCUAAGCUGUGUCAUGUGGACUGCCAGGCCGAGGGUGGGAUUCCCUCCUACUCCUUCUCUUUAAUGGUCAUCUUUUUCCUGCAGCAGAGGAAGCAGCCCAUUCUACCUGUGUACCUUGGCUACUGGAUCGAAGGGUUUGAUGUGAAGCGUGUGGAUGAAUAUCACCUGACUGCCAUUCAGUCAGGGCACUUUGUGGGGUGGGAGCACCGACCCGGCAGCGCCACCGAGGGGCGUGGAGACAACAAGGGCAAAAACGACCCCCAAAAACAUGACGGGCAAAAACCGGGCGAGAAAAAGAAAGAGAACCAGAAGGGCAAGACUCGUCUGGUGCUGGAGAGAACGGAGAGCGUCUCUCUCGGCCAGCUGUGGUUGGAGCUGCUGCGUUUCUACACACUGGAAUUUGCUCUGGAGGAGUACAUCAUCAGCAUCCGGCUGAAAGAGCUUCUACCUCGAGACGUGAAGAACUGGCCUCGCCGCCGCCUCGCCAUCGAGGACCCGUUUGCCCUGAAGAGAAACGUAGCGCGGAGUCUGAACAGUCAGAUGGUGUUCGAGUACAUCCAGGAGCGCUUCCGCACCGCGUACCGCUACUUCGCGUGUCCUCAGAGCCGCAACGGACACGUCCCCGAGCGAGACGUGCGGCGUCCACGUGCCUCCCGGGCGACCGGAUCGCGUGCCGCCGACCACAAAACGUGCGAGGACGAGGACGGAGCUAACAGCACAGAGGACGACGAGGAUGAAGACGAAGACGAUGCCGGAGAUGAAGAGCGGCGUGUGAGCAGAGGCUUGUCCAGACUGCUUGUGGAGGACGACGAUGAGGACGGUGCGCAUCACUCUUCCUCCUCCACCCCGUCCCCUCACAACAGCAUGUUCCCCGAUAGCGAGGACGAGGAGCGGGACCAGGGGCGACGGAAAGGUCCGGAACGUGAGAACAUCGCCCCGGAGGAUCUGCACUAUAUCUUCGACAGGAUGAUCUUCACUGGGGGAAAGCCUCCGACGGUGGUAUGCAGUAUUUGUAAGCGAGACGGCCAUUUGAAAGAUGACUGUCCUGAAGACUUUAAGAAGAUGGAGCUGACUCCUCUGCCUCCCAUGACCGAGCGCUUCAGAGAAAUCCUCGACAACCUGUGCAGACGCUGCUACGAUGAGUUGUCCCCGUCUGUGGCAGAGCAGCAGAGGAGGGAACUGAUUCUGGCCAGUCUGGAGCGCUUUAUUAGGAAGGAGUAUAAUGAUAAAGCCCAGCUGUGUCUGUUCGGUUCCUCCAAGAACGGUUUUGGAUUCCGGGACAGUGACCUUGACAUCUGUAUGACGCUGGAGGGUCACAACACUGCAGAGAAACUGAACUGUAAAGAUAUCAUCGAGGGAUUAGCCAAGGUGCUGAAGAAACACACAGGUCUGAGGAAUAUCUUGCCUAUAACGACUGCCAAAGUGCCUAUCGUCAAGUUCGAACACAAGCAGAGCAGCCUGGAAGGAGACAUCAGCCUAUACAACACCCUAGCUCAGCACAACACUCGUAUGUUGGCCACGUACGCAGCCCUGGACCCACGUGUACAGUAUUUAGGUUACACCAUGAAAGUGUUUGCGAAGAGGUGUGACAUCGGUGAUGCAUCGAGGGGAAGUCUCUCAUCUUACGCUUAUAUCCUCAUGGUGCUGUACUUCCUGCAGCAGAGAGAGCCUCCUGUGAUCCCCGUCCUGCAGGAGAUCUAUGAUGGAAGUUCGGUUCCUCAGAGGAUGGUGGACGGCUGGAACGCGUUCUUUUUCGAUGAUCUGGACGAGCUGCGGCGGCGUUGGCCAGAGUUCCAGCAGAACAGCGAGACAGUUGGAGAGCUGUGGCUCGGCCUGCUGCGCUUCUACACGGAGGAGUUCGACUUCAAGGAGCACGUGAUCUCCAUCAGGCAGCACAAACGCCUCACCACCUUCGAGAAGCAGUGGACCUCCAAGUGCAUCGCCAUCGAAGAUCCCUUUGAUCUAAAUCACAAUCUUGGUGCUGGAGUUUCACGGAAAAUGACUAAUUUCAUCAUGAAGGCAUUUAUUAACGGCAGGAAGUUGUUCGGAACUCCGUUUUAUCCGAAGCUGGGGAUGGAAGCGGAUUACUUCUUCGACUCGAAGGUGCUUACAGAUGGUGAGCUCGCUCCGAACGACCGCUGCUGUCGGAUCUGUGGCAAAAUUGGACAUUACAUGAAGGACUGCCCGAAAAGACGCAGGAUGAAGAAGAAAGAGACUGAUAAGGACGAGGAGGUGCGUGAGGAGGACAGAGAGCCGAGAGAGAGACGCUGUUUCCAGUGCGGAUACAUAGGACACGUCCGGAGAGAAUGUCCCGAUUACAGAAACCUCCGACAGAGAGGAGCUCCUACACAGGUUCCUCAGAUGGUACGUGCCAUGGGGAGCUCUCAGGCCAUCCCUAUUCCUCAAAGUGGUACGUCUCAGGAUCGACCUGGCCGGACCAGGCAGACAUCAGAAUGUUCGGACACGCGUCAGACGCCUCCAUACUCGCCCCAGCCGUCUACGUUCAUCCAGCCCUCCAUCUCUCCUCAGUCGUCUCAGAGCGGCAAGCCUUCGCCAGGCUCCUCGUCCUCCUCCGCUUCGUCCAAAUCCCCUCAUCAUCCCGCUCUUCCUCCCUCUGCAACUCCUCCUCAGCAGCAGGUUCAUCUGCCUCUCUUUGGUUUCCCACCCUCUCAGUACAUGGGCAUGCUCACACCAGGCGCCUGGCCCUCCCAUCCGCCCUCCCCGGGGGUAAAGUUCCCAAUGAGAAAGGGACAAGGGAACGGAGGGACGGGGCACACGUCAAACCCCACCCUCAAUGACCCCAGCAUCAUCUUUGCCCAGCCAGCGGGGCGGGACGGGGGGCCACCCUGGCACAACCACCACCUGAACAACCCCGGGGCAAUACUGGCUAAUGGCACGGUGGGGAAGUCAGAAGCAGGCUUCCAGGCUCCGUUUGGUUCUGUAGGUCCGGUCUCUCGCUCGCUGGGCCACAGCGGCACCGGGUCCAUAUCGGUCUCCUGGGGUUUCCAUAUGCCGCAGACGUAUAUGCAGCAGUCCAACAAGCCCUUCAUCUCCCAGGGUGCGGUGGCGAAUCAGCACUUCCCCCUGCAGCAGUCCGGACGUCCCGUCAACCGCUACAUCCAGCAGAAGAAAUAACGAGCGCAGACUUUUUCUUCUUUUCUUUUCCUUUUUUCAAACCAAUGCCGAGAUCCUUAUCCAAUGACAAUGAAGAGAAAGAAAAAAAACGAAUCAUGAAAGUCUACCUUGGCUUUUGGUCACAAGACUUUUUAAAAAUGAAUUUUAUCAUUUUGUUUUGUACAGUUUUUACAUUCUUUUUUUUUUUUCUCUCAUCACAUUGAUUUGUGAUAAGAAAUGUCAAAUAUUUUAAUACCCCUAUUUUUAAAGGGGUCCCAAAAAAAAAAAAAAAGAAGCGUUUUUAUUUGUUGUGUAAAGUAUGGAUUUAAAGUUAAUCCUGUUUAUUUUUA